AUGCCGCUCUACGACUGUAUGCUUCUGUUCAAGCCGAUAAUCCGAAAGGAAGGUCUCAUCGAACUCGUUGCGCGUAUCGGGAAACACGUUUACAGCAGAAAUGGCGUCCUCACUGAGAUCAGAUCCUUUGGCAAAGUUGAAUUGGGUUACGGUAUUAGGAAGCRCGACGGAAGACACUAUCAGGAUUUCACGGGCCGAUUCAAUGGUAGUAGCAUUAGGGUUGUGAUCGAUUCUUAUGGUUGA